UAGUUUAAAUUAUCAGUCAAGAAUCGUAGACUUAUCUUUGAGACGUGUUAUCAGUAUUUGAUAUCUGUUCAACUUAAACAAUUUCCGCUUUAUUUGUCAGUUGCUACUUGAAACUUGAAGAAAGAUGUUUAAAGUACUCCUGUCUUGUCUGAUUUUAUGGAAUGUCCUUCUUUCAGAGGGCUCUCCUUUGGGUUAUCAAAGUCUUCUAGAGGUCGGUGAAAAGCGUUACUACAUUUCGUUGACCGAAUCGAAUUGGUUCGAGGCAACCAAUCGAUGCCGACAAAAGGGUGGAUUUUUGGUGAAUUUGGAGAGCAAAGAGGAGCUUGAACUUUUGAGCCCUCACCUACACCCAGCUCACAGCUACUGGCUGUCCAUCAAUGAUCUUGGAGCACGGGGCGUAUACGUAUCGGAAGCCACUGGUCUCGAGGCUCCUUUUCUUAAUUGGUCUACCGGACAGCCGGACAACAGCAAUGGCGACGAUCGGUGCGUUGAGCUCUGGCUAUCGACAAGAUCCUUUCAGAUGAACGACCUCUCCUGCCAAAAUUCACUCGGCUUUAUUUGUCAAUUGAACUAAAUUGAUUAAAGUUUUAAGUUCUUAAUUACCCAGCGUA